GAUGUAGUCCUCUGGAAAGAGAACUAAAACUUGUAGGUGCCUGACUUACUGUUUUACUGCCUGACAUUUGCCAGGGACCACUUUUCUCAGUGAUGGAAGGGGGAGUGGAGAAAAGGUUUGCAUUUGUGUCUUGGAAGUUGCAGAAAAACCCUACAGGCAGGGACACACCUACUUGGAAACCAGGCUUCCCUGGAAGUGGGAGGGAACAGGAACUGGAGGUGCCCUCCUCCACAGGCAGGAGUCAGCUAACAGCCUUCCCAGGUAGUGGGAGCAUUCACCUUGCACGGGAGCCAUCGGAGACCAGUCUGGAGGCUUGCUUACCUGUGAUGGUGCCCGGGAAGGUGGCAUGUGGUGAGCUGCUUGCUGAGGACCACUGGGCACAACCAGGUCUGUGGAAACGUGCUCCGCCUCUCUCUCCUCUAUGCAUCUCAGCUCCUCCUGCUGAAAACAGCUAAGCCUGCUGUUUGGAGUUCUUAGAAUCUCAGCCCCAGAGGGACUUCCCUAGGGACAAACUGACCUCACAUUGGGAACUUUAUUUCCCAGACCCUGGCAGGCUCUGUAGCCUCUGGACUGCCUGUUGCAACUGUUCUUAGGAAGCGUGAGUCUCUCCUAUGCCAGCAUCUGUCCACACUGAGAGACCCCAGUGAGGCCCCAGCCCUAGGGGUCCUGAAGCAUUUGGACCCUGAGGCUGCUCCUCCUGCCUCUAAAAUGCACUGUACAGGUCUCCGGGAGCACAGAAACAGCAGAAGCCGCCAGGAGGAGAAUCAAGAGAAAAUCUAAAAUUUUCAAUAUUGAAAAACACCUGUGGUGCUGGUUGAUGCAGAGAACACUGAGUUCACUGAAGAGGACUGUAACUGUUGCACUGUUUUGUUUCAUCUUCUGGCCCAGCCAAGGAGAGAUCGGCGUGUAUUCGGGUCAUGUAAAGAAUGUACAUGAGAGCCUCUGAGGACAUUUUGCUUGGCUCUGACUCACCCUGACUCUUCAGUGAAGCAGAAAGAAGGAAACAUCACACCACCCAGGUGUCACCAGCCUUGGACCAUUAUUGCAAAUCUCAAAGAACUACCAUAGUCCCUUCCCAAGUACACAUUUGGCCUUUGAGACUUUUCAUUUCAGAAAAGCUGUAAAGAGGAGACAGGAUGAGGCGGGAAGAGGAGGAAGAGGAGGGAACCAGGAUGAAAGCGAAAGGGCACUUAGAAGUGAAGGAGGAGGAGGAGGUCAGUGAGACAGGAGAACUGGUUGGCCCUUUGGCUGGUGCCAUUCCCACCCCAAUACCCCACAACAAGGGGAGCCGCUUUUCGGAGGCUUGGGAGUACUUCCACCUGGCCCCUGCCCGUGCUGGGCACCACCCCAACCAAUAUGCCACCUGCCGUCUGUGUGGCAGGCAGGUGAGCCGUGGCCCUGGGGUUAACGUGGGCACCACGGCCCUGUGGAAGCAUCUGAAAAGCAUGCACAAAGAGGAGCUGGAGAAGGGUGGCCACGGGCAGGCAGGGCAGCGCCAGGACCCCAGUCUUCAAGGGCCCCAGCUCCCUAUGGGCAUUGAGGGUGACUGGGCCAGGCUCCUGGAGCAGGUGGGGGCCCUGGCUUUAUGGGCCAGUCAAAGAGAAAGGGAAAUCCUUAGGAGGGAGAGGGCAGUGGAAUGGCGGGAGAGGGCUGUGGAAAGGAGAGAAAGAGCCCUGGAGGAGGUAGAAAGGGCCAUCCUGGAGAUGAAGCGGAAAAUAAGGGCUGAGAAGGAGGCCUGCCAGAGGGAGAAAGACCAGCCUACAGCAGCUCAUCCCUUCCACUUCGUUUAAAUGGGCUUGAUGGAAUCUAUUUUGAAAACACUGACCUUAGACUCAUAGCAAAGAAGCCAUUUUAGUUCCAGUUUAAAAAAACAGCCAAGUGGCUUAGUGGGAUUUGGGUUCUAAGAGAGAGCGUAGGGUGGAGAGGUUAAUCUCAGCAGGCCUCAAUUGACCAAAUGCUUAUCUAUGGGGUUCCUGGAGCUGUACUGAUCAAAACUUUAAUAUACACUAAUUAAAGAGAAAUGUUUUUUGCUGCCA